ACAACUACUUACAACCACGAAAUUGUACAGGCUUUACGUUAACACGCUUACGCUUUAUGUUUGAACACAUUUGGACCUGACUUUUUUGGAAUUCGUAUCUUGAAUGAAAAGAUAAUAGACAUAAGUCUGAGUCCAAGUAAAAUAAUAAUAAGAAGAAAGAAGGAGAAAGAAGGAAGGAGGGAAGGAAGGAAGGAAGGAAGGACGGAUUGACCUAACCUGGUAUAGUUAUUCAGAAACUGUUACUCGAGGUGUUUGGUUUUUUUGCUGAAAUUCCUGUUGCAAUUAUAAAGAAGCACAAAUGAAGAAGCUAUUUAUCCUGUUUGAGCAUGCUUCUGGGUAUGCAGUAUUCCGUAUCAAAGAAUUUGAGGAGAUUGGAAUGUUGUUGCCCCAAAUAGAAGCUUCCGUCACAGAUUUGUCACGUUUCCAAAGCAUUGUGAGUCUUGUUGGCUUCUCAGCCUUCAAGACCGCAGUAGUUGCUCUGGAGAAUAUCAACUAUAUCUCGGAAGGAGUUGUUCCAACGCAGUUGCAGAUUUUCCUAGAUUCCUGCAUACCAAGAUCUACAGAGAAAAAUAUUGUUCUUGGUGUUGCUGAUCCCAAGCUUGGUGCGAACAUCACUGAAGCUCUGGGUAUAAAGUGUGAACACAUGAAUGGUGUACCUGAAAUCAUUCGUGGCAUUAGAUUUCAUUUUCAUGACUUGGUGAAAGGCUUCACCUCCCAGAGUGCAUUAGUUGCACAACUUGGUCUUGGGCACAGCUAUUCCAGAGCCAAGGUUAAAUUCAAUAUUCAUCGAGUAGAUAAUAUGAUAAUCCAUACCAUAGGCUUAAUGGAUCAAUUAGACAAGGAUAUUAACACAUUUAGUAUGCGUAUACGAGAAUGGUACGGCUAUCACUUUCCCGAACUCGUAAAAAUAGUUUCGGAAAAUUAUAUGUAUGCAAAAGUGGCUCAAGUGAUUCAAAAUAGGAAAGAACUUACAGAAGAGAAGCUUGAAGCCCUUGAAGAAGUUGUUAUGGACACAAUCAAAGCACAGGCGAUCAUUGACGCUUCUAAGUCGUCCAUGGGAAUGGACAUCAGUCUAAUCGAUCUCAUGAAUAUCGAAAUAUUCGCCAAACGCGUUGUUUCGCUGGGCGAUUAUCGCGAGCGUCUGGCACAAUAUUUGCGAAGCAAAAUGUCUGGAGUGGCGCCAAAUCUUGCGUCUUUAAUCGGCGAUCAAACCGGCGCUAGAUUGAUCGCGCACGCUGGGUCACUCACCAAUCUGGCGAAAUUUCCAGCUUCGACUGUCCAGAUUUUGGGCGCGGAGAAGGCGCUGUUCAGGGCAUUGAAAACCAGAGGAAACACACCCAAAUUUGGACUACUCUUUAAUUCCACAUUCAUCGGCCGUGCCGGUGCCAAAGAUAAGGGCAGGAUAUCGAGGUACUUGGCGAAUAAAUGUUCAAUGGCUUCCAGGAUUGAUUGCUUCCUAGACGUUCCGACAAACGUGUUCGGUGAAAAGUUGAGACAGCAAGUGGAAGACCGGCUCAAGUUCUUCGAGACAGGAGAGAUACCUAAGAAGAACAUUGAUGUUAUGAAAGAAGCUUUGGAGGAAUCAUUGAUCUCUGUAGAGCGAGAAAGUACAGUGUCUCCUAAGAAGAAAAAUAAAGAUAAAAAGAGAAAAGCCAACAUACUACAGAACGGCCAGGAGAAUGAGCACGUUAAGAAUGGUCACGUUGAACAAAUAGACACACCUGUACGAAAGAAAAAGAAAAAGUCAAAAUCACUAUCUAAUGAUUGAAUAAUGCCAACAUCAAUAAUUAAAUUAUUAUAAUUAUUAAAUUAUACCUUAUAAUUAUAAAUAAAAUAUAAUAAUUUUUGUUA